UCCGGCCGCCGGGACGCACGUCAGGGGACCGGAGGGCGGAGCCAGUUUGGUUGCACCAACACCGGUACUUAGGCACGUACCGGCGUGUCCUUGGGCUUAGAAAGCGGGACGUUCGGCUUGUGAGUGGGAACUUCUCGGUCGCGCACAGAGAAAGAACGAUUUAAAUAUGGGUGAUGUUGAGAAGGGCAAGAAGAUUUUUGUUCAGAAGUGUGCCCAGUGCCAUACUGUGGAAAAGGGAGGCAAGCACAAGACUGGGCCAAACCUCCAUGGUCUGUUUGGACGAAAGACAGGUCAGGCUCCUGGAUUCUCUUACACAGAUGCCAACAAGAACAAAGGUAUCACCUGGGGAGAGGAGACGCUGAUGGAGUACUUGGAGAAUCCCAAGAAGUACAUCCCUGGAACAAAGAUGAUCUUUGCUGGCAUUAAGAAGAAGGGAGAGAGGGAGGACUUGAUAGCUUAUCUCAAAAAAGCUACCAAUGAAUAAUAGUUGGCCAUUGCCUUAUUUAUUAUGAAUCAGAAGUGUCUCAUGACUUUUUAUGUGUACCAUAUUUAAAUUGACUCAUACACUAGAAUUCAGAUCAUGAACGGCUGAUGGAAUAAUUCUUUUGGACAGUCCUGAUUUAAAUAAGAUUGGUUUGUGGUUAAACGAAUAUGGUCAGCUUUUUUAAUUUUGAUAGUAAUUCCGGUUCAACAAGUACUAUCAUUUUUCCCAUUCUAAAGAGAUGAUUGAACUUGAAUAAGGAAUAUUAAACUUUUUAGGGAGAUGGUGCAUUGCUUCUCAAAACCUAUAAGAGAUUGGUUUUAUAUUUAGAUUUCUAUAACUGGUUAUAUUAAUAUAUUUAAAUACUGAAAAGGUCCCUUCACUGUCUCAUAGAACAGAGGAGGAGUCACAUGUGUUUCAAGUUGUGUUCAUUAGCUUGUUAAGGAUUGAAAAUACACUGACAAAGUCUACUUUAUCUUUUUGGUUUUAUAAACUAUGCCAAUUUAAUUAAAAUUCUCUAUCUAAAAUUUAGCCUUUUACUUAAUGAAAGGCAUUUUAGUGUGGUUUAUGUAUAGCAUCAAAUAAAGAGUAUUUAGCACCUCA